GCUCUCUCAACCCAGAAGAGCCAGCUCGGGCCCUCCUCCAGGGCUGCGUUAGCCGGUCUUUGAUUGGAUUAGAGUCGGCUCGCCUUUGCCCUCUAACCUCGCUGAUGGUGGUUGGCUGCUUCCUGCUGCCUCCGCUCCCCCUGACCGACUGAGAGAGCCUGCCGAAGCCGCACGGCGAAGCGCCCUGCACGGACACAGCCGACCGGGACGAGCCGCUUCCAGCCUGAGCAGAGCCGAGCCGGAGCGCAGCCACAGUGCACACACGGGCGGACGGGGGAGAAAAACGAAACAAGGCAGCCAUGCGGAGGAAAUCGAGGAUAUUGUUGUGUUUUGCGGUGCUGUGGGUGCUGGGGAUAGCCUACUACUUCUACUCGGGGACAGCGCUGGGGCGAAAGAAGGAAUCGGACUCCAGUGACUCAUCCAGUCGAAGCAAACUUUACAGCUCUGACGAUAAGACUCAUGGCCUGGAGACCCUGCCACCAGGGAAAGUGCGCUGGCAGGAUUAUGACCAGGACCUAUACGUUGGUGCCACGGUCGUCCGAUCGGGUCAGGAUCCAUACGCCAGGAACAAGUUCAACCAGGUGGAGAGCGACAAACUGCGCAUGGACAGAGCAGUUCCCGAUACAAGACACGACCACUGCAGACAUAAACAAUGGAAGUCAGACCUACCAGCCUCCAGCGUGGUCAUCACCUUCCACAAUGAGGCUCGCUCUGCUCUGCUGCGGACUGUGGUCAGUGUCUUGAAGAAAAGUCCUCCUCACUUGGUCAAAGAGAUCAUUCUGGUUGACGACUACAGCGAUAACCCGGAGGACGGAGCGUUACUGGGGAAGAUUGAGAAAGUACGCGUGUUGAGGAAUGACCGCAGAGAAGGACUGAUGCGUUCGAGGGUUCGUGGUGCAGACGCUGCCACAGCUCCAGUGCUCACCUUCUUAGAUUCUCACUGUGAAUGUAAUGACCACUGGCUGGAGCCUCUACUGGAGAGAGUGGCUGAGGAUAAGACGAGAGUAGUUUCUCCGAUUAUUGACGUCAUCAACAUGGACAACUUCCAGUAUGUAGGAGCCUCGGCCGAUCUGAAAGGAGGUUUUGACUGGAAUUUGGUGUUUAAAUGGGACUACAUGACUCUGGAGCAGAGACGAGCCAGACAAGGCAACCCCAUCGCGCCAAUAAAGACUCCAAUGAUAGCUGGAGGUCUAUUUGUCAUGGAUAAGGACAGAUUUGAUCUGCUCGGAAAGUACGACAUGAUGAUGGAUGUGUGGGGAGGAGAAAACCUGGAGAUCUCAUUUCGUGUGUGGCAGUGCGGUGGCAGUCUGGAGAUCAUCCCCUGCAGUCGAGUCGGCCACGUCUUCAGAAAGCAACAUCCGUACACUUUCCCAGGGGGCAGCGGGACAGUGUUUGCAAGGAACACAAGGAGAGCAGCAGAAGUAUGGAUGGACCAGUAUAAAAACUUCUACUACGCUGCUGUCCCAUCAGCGAGAAACGUCCCCUACGGAAACAUCCAGAGUCGUUUGGAGAUGAAGAAGAGAUUAGGCUGCCAGCCAUUUAAAUGGUACCUGGAUAAUGUCUACCCUGAACUGAGGGUCCCAGAUCACCAGGACAUAGCGUUUGGAGCCUUGCAGCAGGGAGGAAACUGUCUGGACACCCUGGGUCAUUUUGCUGACGGGGUGGUGGGCGUCUAUGAGUGCCACAACGCUGGUGGGAACCAGGUAGCGUUACAACGACAACACACACAGGAAUGGGCCCUGACCAAGGACAAAUCAGUUAAACACAUGGACUUGUGUCUCACUGUGGUGGACAGAACCGCCGGUUCCCUCAUCAAACUACAAGGCUGUCGAGAGAAUGACAGCAGACAGAAAUGGGAGCAGAUUGAGUCCAAUUCCAAGCUUCGUCAUGUGGGCAGUAACCUCUGUCUGGACAGCCGCAGUGCCAGGAUGGGUGGACUCACCUUGGAGGUCUGCAGCCCAAGCCUCAACCAGCAAUGGAAGUUCACCCUCAAUUUACAAUCAUAGGGGGUGCUGCAGUCCCCAGGCAGAGUUGGAUCUUGAAUAGAGACCCCAACAAACUCUGAGACACGGGUUAGAAGAUGGACUUGAAGGAGAAAGACUAGCUCAAUGGAUAAAAAUGGAUUUUUGCUCCUCAGAGGUACAGCCUGUCAUGCACCCCUCACCCCUAACUCUCCCCCACCAAAAAAAAAAAAAAAAACGAACAUGAGCCACACACCUGGGGGGAGGGGCUUGCAGACCAUUACCGGAGUAAACGGGAAUCUGUCUGUGCUUCAUGAUGAGGAUAAAAGCGAUGAAGAGGCUUCCCACCCAAACCACAUACCUCAGUGUUUUUCCAUUGAUGGUUCCAGAAGCAAAUGUUGAGUGAAUUCCUUUUUUUGAUUUUACAUUAUUCAAUUCUGGGGAAAUAGGAAUCUUUGACAUUUUUAUUUGUAAUUGUUUUAUUUCAUUAUUAUUAAUAUUUUUUAUGCCUUGGUCUUAAUUCUUGACGGGGAGCUUUUUUUCUUUUGGAAGAAUGGGAUGUUGGCUGUUGUUGUUGUUGCUCCUCUCCGGUGCUCUCUCAUUGGUUUUCCACACUGAACUCGAGCCCAGAGCGGCAGAUGGAGGCUUCAGGUUGUAGUUUUUUGAUGAAAGUUUGGAUGAAGGGAGGAAACGGACUCGAUUCUUUGAGCUUUUCUUCUUGUUUACUUUCAUUGAUUCACAGGAUCAACAGAAAAAAAAGAGACUAGGUGGAGAGAUUACGAUGUGUACUUUCUUGUCUCCUGUGCCGUUUCUUUCCUACAGGUUGUUCCUUGAGGCGGGGGGAGCGGUUCAGGGCAAAGCUUCUGUACUUUGGACUGGGCCUGACACUGGAACAACCGUUCCUGAAACCAGGAAGUGUCUUGAAGCUCACCUUGAAGAUUUUCUCUUUAUGUUCAGGCUGUAGCACUGGCUGUUGCUUCACUACUACACCAGUUAUGUCUCUAUUGAAAAAACACAGAAAAUAAGUCUCCCGUCGCUUUUUAUUUACUUUAAAAAGAAUGGAACCAAAUUUCAAAUGGAUGUUUUAUGUUUCAGGUGAAACAGAGGAGCGAUUAAAAUCAUUUUUCAUUAAAUACUCUCGCUGCUCUCUAACUGCUUCCUGUGGGGCAGUUCAGUUUAUAGAACUUUUUCCUGCACACAUAAUUGUCUUUGCAUGUGUCUAUAUUUCCAUUGUAGGAAGGUUACUGUCUAAAAUCCAGGUCCAAACUGGAUUUAAUGUUGCAGCUUCUUCUCUAGAGCUAACAAGGUGUUUGUUGCAAAGAGAUAAUGACACAGACACCUAAUAUUUUACAAAUUCACAUGGACACGAUUGAGGUGAGUGUUCAUCUACAUUCUACAUGACCCUGCAGGCACAGGCAUAGGAAAAUCACCAGUGUCCACGUGUGGCAAACUUCUCAGAGGACUCAUACUGUCGACCUGUAACAAGUUUUUUUUUUACUUUUAUUUAUUUAAAGGAGACUUAAGGAGAUCCCUUGCUUAUUCCAGCCUGUGAACAGAGGUCAUGCUCAAACAAAAGCACCUCCAAAGCCCCUGACUGAGCUCCAACUGUGUGAAGUGUGCAUGCACUCAUCUUCUUGAAGGCUCAGAAAGCUGCAUGCAUCACCAUCAAGUUCCCACAGCUGCACUCAGUCACUAGUGAUUUGCAUCAACAUAUUUUUUUUUCCCUUCACUGUAGCUGUUAGAUGAGCCAUCUGUUCAGAAGUCUAAUACUGCAAUAAACAAGGUUUCACUAUG